ACUCUCUUUUAUUUAGAAUGGAAAAUAGAGCUGUUCUGGAGAUGCCCUAACCUCUUCUCUGGUUUAACUAGUCGUUAGCAUUUCAUUCUCUCUCUCUUUGCUAAUCUUGGUCUCUUCAGCGUACUUGUGGACGAAAGUUGUCGUGCUUUCAUCUGAAAGUUCGCCGGGAGAGAGAAGCUGGGUUUAAUGAGUCGAACUUGAGGGAGAAAGAAAAUGGGAUCGAACUGUUGUUCUUUAGCUCUACUUGUUCUUGGGCUCGUCUUCUUCGUUUCUUGUGAUGGGUCCUCCUCUGAGGAAGUUGGAGCUCUUAGAAGAUUCAAGGAAGCUAUCUAUGAGGACCCUUUGCUCGUUAUGUCUAGCUGGAAUGACCACCCCAGUUCAGAUCCUUGUGCUUGGACCGGCAUUGCUUGCUCUCCCUCUAAAGACCAUGUUAUCAACAUCAGUAUAUCUGCUUCAUCUAUAAAAGGGUUUCUCGCUCCUGAGUUAUGUCAAAUCACCUACCUUCAGGAACUAAUCCUACAUGGGAACCUUCUACUGGGGACAAUACCAAAGGAGAUUGGGAAGUUGAAGAAUCUCAAGAUCUUGGACUUGGGAAACAAUCAUCUCAUGGGACCUAUUCCUGCUGAGAUCGGGAGCUUGUCCAGCAUUACGAUAAUAAAUCUUCAGUCCAAUGGUUUAACAGGAAAGCUACCUCCAGAGCUUGGUAACUUGAAGUACCUUAAAGAACUUCAUAUCGACAGGAAUAGGCUUCAAGGAAGUCUUCUUGCUGCUAGCUAUCCCUCAAAAGUUGCAAAUAGUGCCGGGUUGUGCAAGUCUUCUCUGCUGAAAGUAGCUGACUUUUCAUACAACUUCUUUGUGGGAAACAUUCCGAAGUGUUUGGAGCACCUUCCAAGGACGAGCUUUCAAGGGAACUGCAUGCAAAACAAGGAUCUUAAGCACAGACCUUCUUCCCAGUCAGCUGAAAUUGUGGCUAAGCAUCAUAGAGCAUGGAGACCUAAGUGGCUUCUAGCGCUUGAGAUAGUCACAGGAUCAAUGGUGGGUUUGCUCUUCCUGGUUGCACUUUUCUCAGCAGUUCACCGCUGGAACAACAGGCCAUCUCUCAUCAUUCCCUGGAAGAAAUCUUCAAGCGAUAAGGAAAAGCUCACAGUCUACGUUGAUUCUGAAACGCUGAAACAUGUUUCGAGAUUCACAAGACAAGAGCUAGAAGUGGCGUGUGAAGACUUUAGCAACAUCAUUGGUUUAUCUGCUGAUAGUCAGGUCUAUAAAGGAACAAUGAAAGGUGGCCCUGAGAUUGCUGUGAUCUCUCUUUGCGUCAAAAAAGAAGAUUGGACCGGAUACCUUGAGCUCUAUUUCCAAAGAGAGGUUGCAGAUUUGGCUAGACUGAACCACGAGAACGCUGGAAAGUUACUGGGAUACUGCAAAGAGACCUCACCGUGUGCAAGAAUGCUUGUCUUUGAGUAUGCAUCAAACGGAACACUAUACGAGCAUCUCCAUUAUGGGGAAGCGGCUUUAGUAUCAUGGGCAAGACGGAUGAAGAUUGUCAUAGGCAUCGCACGGGGUCUCAAGUACCUUCAUAUGGAACUUGAUCCUCCAUUUACAAUCUCUGAGCCGAGCUCAAAUGCGAUCUAUCUCACUGAAGAUUUUACUCCCAAGCUGGUUGAUUUUGAAUGCUGGAAGACUAUUCUUGCGAGAUCAGAAAAGAAUUUGAGAAAUAUUAAUAGCGAAGGUGCGGUAUGCGUGCUCCCAAACGCAAUGGAGAGUCGGUAUCUCGAUGUAUCUGGUAAUAUAUAUGCAUUUGGUGUUCUUUUGCUGGAGAUUGUGAGUGGUAGACCUCCUUUCUGUAAAGACAGAGGCUUCUUGAUUGAAUGGGCGAAAGAGUUUCUUGAAACACCAGAGGCAAUGGGGAGUUUGGUGGAUCCGGAGCUGAAACAUUUUAACCAAGAAGAGCUUGAGACUGUAUGCGAGGUGGCGAGGCAAUGCUUGGACAGGGAUCCGAACAACAACAGCAACAAUAACAAGAAGCCAUCAGUUGAAGAGAUAUGUGAGACGUUGGAGAGUAGAAUCAGUUUGUCAAUAUCCGCAGAGCUUAGAUCAUCUUCUUUGGCUUGGGCUGAGCUCGCGCUUGACUCGUGAUGAGGGGAGAGAUAAAUUACUAACUGGAAACCAAAACAACCCCCAAACUCUGUAAAUCAGUCGACUCGUUUACAAACAUUUGAUAUUGUUUUUUUUUUCUUUCUAUUUCUCUGAUCUUGAGGAGUGUGUUUGAGUGCUUACGUGUUGCUUUUGUUCUUGAUUACUUUUUUUUUGGGUGUUUAACAUUGUGUUUGUAAAGGAAGAGAGACAUAUAGAGUUUGUAAAAGAUAUUAAAUUUGGAAAUUCUAUGAGAGGUUAA